ACAGAUUCCAGUUACCAUGGUGUGGAACUCCGUCUGGAACUGAACAUGGCGGGUUGAGAUUCCGGCCGGGCACUGUCUUCACAUGGAAUGGCAAAUAACCCUUGCAGAUUUUAGAGCCCAGCUUUAAUCCAGAGGUGGUUGUAACUUUGGAAUAUGAAGGACAACGUACGAUACCUGGCAGAAUGAAUACGGUUCGUGCAUGAUUUGAUUUUAUAGAGGACGAUAUUGCAGCACGGUGGAAUGAAGUGAUGGCCCCCAUAUGAGCCCCACAACAGCAUCGACCAGUGGUUUGGAAUGAUGUCAUCUGUUCACUGCUUCAUCAGUUGGUUUCUGCUGCUGUUAUUUUAUUUUUAACAGAACGCAUUCAAGCAUUUAGCAUUGAAUAGGUCAUGCGUUUCUCUUUUAAAAAUGGACAAACAUGUUUGGAAAUUUUGUAACCUUAAAUGCAAAGUAUCUUGAGUUGAAUAUUGAUAGCACGUGUGAUUGGCCGUCACCAGAUUGGUGAUGAGAUACAUGUAAUUAUGUCAGUGAGGAUCCUUGUGUAGAGGAAACUACACGUGACUAAAUUCUUCGAAGCAUUAUAAUACAAGUGCUACUUUUUAUGGAUAUGUGAUCUCUGAGAAGAGGGGUUAGACAGACUGUGUCCUUUAGUGCAGGCAGAUGAUUGAGUCUAGUAGUCUUUGACCCCAUCAUGUUGCCCGGAAGCAUGGUCACUAUAGUGCCCUUAAUUCUAGGCUCCAUCUCCACAGUUUUAGCAGCUUCAAUUACUCAUCCCCCUAGCAUCACCACACAACCUCAACCAGUCGUUUACUUUAAGGAAGAGGAAGCAGGUGAUGAUGAGAAGGUAGAACUUCCCUGUAUAGCAGAAGGGACACCCAAGCCAGAAUACAGAUGGGAGAAGGACGGAGAAGAGUUCGACGUGACACAGUAUAACUACAUUGAUCGUGUGAAAGGUCUUGGCACUCUCGUCAUCCACAGGCCCACAGAUGCGGACGAAGGCUACUAUCAGUGCUUCGCUUACAACAGUCAUGGCAGCACUUCUGUCUCAAUCAAAGCAUUUUUGACCAAAUCUGUACAAGAUACAUUCCCAUCAGCCGCUCAGCCCACCGUGCAUAGGCCAGUGAUUGGGUACCCACUAACUCUGCGCUGUCAUCCACCCAAGAGUAUUCCUGUUGGUAUAGUUCUCUGGGCAACCACAGAGGCGGGGAGCCAGGAUGACAGCACUAGUUUAGAAUUCAUCAGUUAUGAUGAUCGUAUCACCAAGGACUUAGACGGUAAUUUGCACUUUACAAAUGUGAUGGAGAAAGAUGCCAUGGAUGGAAAGGCAUACAUUUGCAUGGCGAGGAACAGUUUCUUAAAAUCCAUGGUACAAGGCGGUGAUCAGCUUAUUAUGCCACAAGAAUCACCAGAUAUGUCCAAGAUGAUCCCUGUGGAAGUAAUGUGGGCUUCACCCUCAGAUACACUUGGAUUAAUUCAUCAUGUUGUCAGGCUGAAGUGCAUCUUUUCAGGAAACCCAACCCCAGAUGUAUCUUGGUCUAGAACUGGGGGAGAUCUUCAUAAAACCCGAAUGACAGUCGAUAGUUAUGGGCAAGAACUGGUGAUAAAAGACCUUCAGUUUGAGGACACGGGUCAGUAUGUCUGCAUGGGGAAAAACAGUGCCACACCUCGAGUCAUGGUCCGCAAAUUCAAUGUUGAAGUUCAAGCUAGUCCAUACUGGAUUGAUGAGCCCAAAGAUCAAAUCAAGGGAGUUGAUGAAGAUGCUGCUUUUCUCUGCAAUGCUGGGGGAGACCCAACUCCAGUAAUAGAGUGGUAUAUCAACGGAAUUCCAAUCGAUGAGGUUCCUCGUAAUAACAGGCGUUUGGACUACCCUAAGCGUAUUGAAUUCCGCAACCUAACAAAAGCUGAUGCCCAGGUGAUCCAGUGUAAUGCAAGCAACAUACAUGGAUAUCUGUGGGCAGAUGUGUUCCUUAAUGUUCUUGCUACUCCUCCGGAAGUGAUAGAAAAGCCACAGCAGUGGCAGAAAGUUGCCCAGGGUCGUCAAGCCAAUAUCACAUGUAGAACAACUGGAAAACCAGAUCCGAUCAUCACUUGGUUCAAGAAUGAUCAGCUGUUGGCAGGAGAUAGAUACCACAUCACCAAGGAGGGAACUCUUCAGAUAUCAGAUUCUCAGAUUGGUGACUCUGGAUUAUACCGAUGUGAAGCGCGAAACAAAUUUGGGCUUGCAAAAGAGACGGGAGAAUUAGCCGUUAGAAUCAAGACAGAGAUUGUUAGUGUGCCAAAGGAGUCGAGAGAAAUUGAUGCCGGGCAUGUUUUUGUGAUGAGAUGCGACUCUAAAACUGAUCCAAAGGAACAGGAAAAUUUGGAGAUUACAUGGCUGCUUGAUGACAAGCCUAUCGAUACAAGUGACCCGCAUUAUGUUGUCAGCCAGAGUAACUUUUCUCUGACAAUCAAGAAUAUACUGACAAAGGAUACGGGUCAGUACAGCUGCAAUGUUAGUAAUGGCUUGGACUAUGACAUUGCCACAAGUCGGAUCAUCGUUAGAUCCCAACCUGAUCCACCAAGGGAAGUGACUGUGACAGUGUGUCGGCAGCGUAGUGCUCAGGUGCAGUGGAAGAAUGCCAGUGACAACAACUCUCCCAUUGAGAAGUACAUUGUUGAGUACAACACUACCUUUGACCAAGAUGAUUGGCGCAUUGGUUUUGAGGCUGGCCCCACAAAGAACAAGGCUAAAGUGAUACUGUCACCAUGGGCCAACUACACUUUCCGGGUUAUUGCAAGAAAUGAAAAGGGAUACAGUAAACCUAGUGAACACUCUCAAGUCUGUCGCACUGAUGCAGAUCUCCCUGACAAGAAUCCGAGUAAUGUCCACACCAUAAGAGAUGAGCCAAAUAAGCUCAAAAUUAGAUGGGAUGAAAUGCCUCAGAUAGACCACAAUGGCCCAGGCUUCGAGUAUGUUGUGAAAGUGAAAAGGCUGAACAAGCCUGAUGAAGAACCGAAAACCUACAUCUUCAAGGAUUACAAGAAAACAUCCAUGGACAACCAUACAGAGUUCUUUUACGAACCUUUUGAGAUUGAAGUUAGAGCAAGGAACAGUAAAGGAGAAUCUUUGGCACCUGUGCAGAAGAUAACUGGAUAUUCUGGAGAAGCAGCACCAUUAGCAGAGAUCACUGACUUUGGUCUAGAGCCGGGGAAAGCAAUAACCCCAACCCAGGCCUCGUUUAUGUGGACAGGUGUGCCUCGUGACCCUAGUGUCAUUCGAGGAGAAUUCAAAGGUUACAAGAUUCAGUACUGGGCUACAGAUGACCGAGAGGGGACACAGAAAGAGGUAGAUGUCCCACGCGAGGAGACCACUAGGGGGCGUGCCAAGCGGCAGGACAAUAAGGAGUACCACACAAUCUCUGACCUUCCUCCAUACACCAAUCUGACAAUGCAGGUUGUUGUCGCUAACACCUACUACGUCGGGCCACCCAGUAACCAAGUCUUCCUCGAAACACCCGAAGGAGUGCCAAGUGCUGUCUGUGACCUGAAGGCCAGUGUCAGAGGCUCCAAUCAUUUCUCUCUCACAUGGAACCCUCCUAAGCACAGGAAUGGAAUUCUAAUUGGAUACAACAUCACGUUUCAGCAAAUUGACGAUGGAGAAGUUGGAACGAAGGUGAAGCUAGACGAGCAAAUUAAUGACCCAGAGCAGCGUUAUUACGAGCUUACGACUCUGAAAGCAAAUCAGAGUUACCGGGUGUACAUUUCAGCCAGGACUCGAGCUGGACCAGGAAAGGAAUAUUACAUUGACGUCCGGACAGCAGAAGCUGAAGAGCCAGGUGUUCCAAGAUUUGAGUUUGUUCAGAUAACCAGUGAUGGUUUCAAUAUCUCUUGGGGAUUUCGACAAGAAAGUGACAAACCAGUUGGUUAUCAUCACUUUGUCAAGUAUAAGAAAAUGGGUGAUUCAGACUGGAAGGUAACCCCAAGACUGUCCGGAAGCCAAACCUGGCAGAAUAUCUCCGGCCUGGAACCUGGCACAAUGUAUGAGGUACAAGUUGUGGCGUCCAACAGCAAAGGGUUAACACCAAGCCCUAUCCAGUACAAGUCAACUACAUCAGAAGGACAAGCUUCUACAAGUGAUGUGGCCCAAGCGGCAUGGUUUAUUGGCAUGAUGGUGACCCUAGCCAUUCUGAUCCUCAUUCUGAUCAUUGUGUGCAUCAUCAAGAGAAACAGAGGGGACAAGUACCAUGUCCAGGAGAAGGAGCGACUUCGAGGUCGUGAUCCAGAAAAUGGGGACCAAGACCAUUUCAAUGAGUACAGCAGGACAGGGGGAGAUGAUAACAGCCUGGGUAAGAGUCAUGGCUCACUGACAGGACCAGAGAAACCGCCCAUGGAGAGUGACACAGACAGCAUGGAAGAGUAUGCUGGGGUGGACCCAAGUAAAUUUAAUGAAGAUGGCUCCUUCAUAGGGCAGUAUGGAACAAAGUCAAAGUCACAGCCUGCUCAGUCCUCCAUGUCAACAUUUGUCUAGCAAGGAGGAAGUGGCCAGACUGGAAUAUAGAAAUAACAGGGCAGGUUCAAUGGUUUAGCAGCCCUAGGAAAGGCUUUCGGUAUCCCAAACAUGUGAUAAGCAAGAAAGUAUAGGAAACUUUAAAGUGAUAACAUCAAUGUUUACAGGCUUUCAAUAGAAUUUAAUUGAAGUGCACACUAUUGACGACUCUGUUACAUGAUAGUGCUUUGUGUAUUGUACCAACUUUGCAGUUAUCAAACAACUUUACAUAAGGUGUUAAUUGGUAAAAUUACACUUGCGGAAUCUAGUCACCUUGGGACGGGUCCACAUUGUUGUUCCAGUUACAUGUAUGUGAUCUGGUGAUAGGCCCACAUUUCUUUUUCUUUUCUUUUUUUUGGAGUUUUCUUGUAGUGUAAGAACAAAACAAGAAUUAGUUGUACAUAUGUUUUAAUAGGCAUUCAUAGCACAUAACUAACAGUUCAGAGUGUCAUGCAUGUAAAACUAUUCUAUACAGGAGAUGUUGCUUAAGACAUUGUAAUUUGUUCCAAAUACACAUCCCAUGUGUAUAUUGGCAUCUGUGAAAUUACAGAUUGAAACUGGAGGAGAUCCACACAGAAGCUGGUUAUUUGUACAUGUGAUUAAUCUACGAGUUUGUUCCAUUCAGUUUAAUGAAUGGAGUUUUAUUUAAACGUGUGCACGAAAGGCUGUUUAAACCAUUUAUAUGUCAUCACCAUUCCAUUACCCAUUCACCAGUAGAGGAUGCUGAGAGGCCUGUGUUUUACUUGUAGAAUUCCAAAAGUAGAUUGAUCUACUUCCCACAGUACCUACAGUAGUAGUGUUUGUUUCCUCUCCUGCUUCCAUGGGGUUGCCUUUAUCUUGUGCUUAUUUCAUAAAUAAGCCUAUCAGUCCUAGAUCUGUGUCAUAAGAGGCCAGUUAUAUGCUAGUUUGUUGCUUUUUAAUUUGUUACUCAAGGAGUAUAUGAACAAUACCAAACCAGUUAAAAUCUCAUUGCUUAUUCCAUUAUGUUCACUUGGUUCAUUUUAAUAUACAUGUAAUUGUUUUUGUGACCUCAUUGGAUGUGGUAAUAUUUGGUUGAAAACAGCCUACAUACUCGGCCUUUUGUGUUUCCAUCAAUGUCGAUAUUUUUUCAUAUUCAUUUGUAAAUGGGACUUCUUUUGUA